ACCACAACCGUUCGACCGACGGCGACGACGACGACUUCGACCGCGGUCCGACGACUCGUUUUCUAAGACGACCGUGGUGUAUAGUGGGUAUUGUAGUAGGCACGUCUUAUGCCAUUCCGUCGUCUGCACAUGGACGUGUCACACGUGUAGUUUGUGCCCGCGCUGCACACCGUAACGACUUGACGAGCGCGCGCUAUAUCGUAUUUAUUUUUUUUAUCGACAUUAAUAAAAAAUAUUUUACGACAGAAAAUUCGUCGUCGUGCGAUACUACUUCAAUAUAACACCGUCAUCGUUUAUAUUUAAUAUAUAAUAUAUAUAUAUAUUAUUACAAUUUUUACGCGCGUUCCGUGUCCGUCUGGCAGUCAUUAUGUGCGGGAGGCGACGUUAAACGCUGUCCGCCGAUUUCGUCGUGUGUUCGCGUACCCAUAUAAAAUACACUGUGUAUAUUAUAAUAAUAUAAUAAUAAUAUUAUAUAAUCGACGCCGAUCCCGCCGGAGUACCGCCACGCGCCCGACGUCUUGAAUAUUGUGUACAAUUUUUUAAAAUUUUUAAAAAUAGAAAAACCGCGCGGCACAUGCGCCACUAGUUCUAUUAUUGUACGAACGCAGGUCGAAUUACUCGUGCUCGAGUGGUGGCGGGAGGGCAACCGUGGAAUUCAACACGACGACGGCAUAACCGUUCGUAUCUUCAUCGCAGUGGCAACAGCACACCGCCGGUGUUCCGCCGUUAUCAGUGCCGCGGCCGUUGUUAUCAGUGACGUUUGUUUUCGUUAUUUUAGUUCAAUUUUUUUAUUAUUAUUGCUCCCGUUUACCCGUACUCAGAAGUAUUCGUUCGUCAUUUCCUUCCCGCCGAAAAGGAAAUCACGAGUAGAUAAUAUAUUGUACUCGCCGCUUGCCGCGGUCGGCCGGUGCUGACCGUAUCGCGUGUGCGUGCAGUGCGUGGAUGACCAGUCGUAGGCGGUCAAGUGCAUGAGGUGGACAGCGAUGGACAGUGCGUCUGGCGGUGGCGGCCGCGACAAUAGAUUCGGCAUGGGUUACGCGUCGAACAUGUCGCUGUUGGACCCGUCGGACAUUUACAACAACGGCGUUGGCGGUCAACAACAACGGCCGUCCACGUCGCGAACACCGCCCAUGAUGGGAUGCGGUCCUGGAGGUCCUGUCCACCAGCGUGGCAUCAAGCGAACCCUGGGCCCUGGCUCUAACAUGUGUUAUGAACCAACCGAUCACCAUCGGUUGGUCGAUGACAACUUUUCGCCUCCUUCCGUCAAGGAUGUUUCACCGUCAAAUGGCAAGAAGACCAAGGGCCGUGUAAAAAUCAAAAUGGAAUACAUUGAGAAUAAGUUGCGCAGAUACACAACAUUCUCCAAGAGGAAAACCGGCAUCAUGAAGAAGGCAUACGAGUUGUCAACACUAACGGGCACUCAAGUCAUGCUAUUAGUAGCAUCUGAAACGGGUCAUGUGUAUACGUUUGCCACGCGCAAGUUACAGCCGAUGAUUACUUCUGAAGCUGGCAAAGCGCUUAUCCAAACAUGCUUAAAUUCACCAGACCCGUGCCCGUCUUCAUCCGGUGCAAACUCAGGGGACCAACGCAUGUCAGCAACGGGAUUCGAGGAGACCGACCUAUCUUACAACAUUGGUGACGACCACGAUUCCAAAGAAACCGAUGGGAUGAGUUCUAGAGCGUCGGACAGCGGCGCAGAGUCUAGCGGAUCGGAAUCACCGCCCCCCGCAGCAGCCGGUCCAGCCACACGGUCACCGCCGUCGCCACCGACGUCCUCUUCGGCAGCAGCAGCAGCAGCAGCCACCGCGUCUCCCGGGAUUUUCAGAUUAACGUCGAGCAACGCGGAGUUGGUGUACUCGAACCUAGCAGCCAUGGUCAAUUCGUCCGGCGCUUCCGGUCCACAGCAACAGGCGGCUGUACUGUUCCGGUUGGGACAGCUGGGCCGGCAGCUUCAGGCAUCCGGACAGCAACCGUUUAUACUGCCGAUGCCGAACCCGCCAGCGGCGCACCAGACGCCCGCCGAUCUCAGCAGCAAGUCGUCGAGGAACAAAUCGGAGCUCUGAAAUCAUCCUUACACAGGCGCCCGGCGUCCAUGUAACGUCCAUAAAGUACAUGAAAUAUUAUAAUAAUGUAUGUAAAAUGUAUACAUAUGAUGUGCACGCCCGCCGAUAGCGUCUUACUUUCAUAUAAUAUUUGUAUUGUUAUUAUUAUUGUUACAAUAAUAUUAUGUUAUAUGGAUGUGGUUUUCAAACACUUUUUCGACGUUGAUCCUUUUCGCAUAUAGGUGUAUAACUUUGUAUUGUAUACUGCAUGUAGGUAACGCCACUUUUGAAUCUAUAUUAUUGUGCGAUAUGUAUGAACUUUUUUUUUUCGGUUUCCGGUUUGUGUAUACAAUUAUUCAUAUCAUGGGGUUUCAACUAUCGUAUCUGCACCAAAUGUCUGGAACAGUGGAAGAAGAAUGGUGCAGAUGAUCAAUAAUAUAAUUUGAUAUACUCACGUCUCACAUAAAUACAUAAUACACAUCCCUCCUUGCAGAGGCCAUGAAAAAUAAUUGUCUAAAAGAUUGUCCCCGUUGGAAGCAUCAAUUUUAAUUCCAAUCAUGAAAUGCGCGUUUCUAAAUCAUUUUGACAUUUUCUGGUCAGCCAUCAGCGUAAACGAACAGUUGUUUUAUGUGGACGCGUUACAGCAUUUUAUAUAUUACCUAAUGGUUAAUAUAUAAAGUAUUUUAUUAAGAAUAAUCGUACAUGUUUUGUCUUUUAAGUUUAAUAUCAUAUCAUAAAAAAAUUAAU